CAGUUUCUUAUUUAUUUUAAUUUUGCGUGAAAAACAUUCCAUAAAUAAUUAUAUCAAUGCCACCAGCUAAACGGGAUUUCGACUUAACGGAUAGGGGUUGGGUUGAUUUAUAUGUGAAGAAAUGUGAAUCGAUCAUGAAAGAAUUCACUGGCUAUGUUCAUGCUUUGCAAAAUAGUUGCAUUAAAGAACGUGAUAGAUGUGAACAACUGGAUAAAGACUGCAAACGUUUGCAAACUGAAGUAAAAAAGAUUACGCAGGAGAAAAAUAAGCCACAAAAGUCAUCCGAAAAUCAACUUGCGCCAUACACGCCGGAAGAUCGGAUUAACGUAAACGAUGAGCUAUUAGGUAUCACAGAAAUUAGGACUCCAAAGGAGUCUGAUGUGGAUCGAACUACCAUUAGUGAUGGUUCGCCCGCAUUUCUGAAUAUGGCAAUGGAUAGUGAACAAUUACAAAUUGAUGCCUCUUGCGUUUUAAGUCCAGCACAGCAUCGGGAAGAAAUAGUCGCUGCAACAGAGCAAUUAAACAGUCCGACUCGACUAUCCAUUCCAAUGGAUAGUAUUUUCCAGCACAACACUUCGCCAACUUGUAAAGUAAAAACUAAUAACGAAAAUAAAAGCGCCUUAGGAUUUUUAAAGGCGCGUGGUCGCGUUGGCAAAGCUUUGCUUAGUGACAUGCGAGAACACAAGCUGCGUGAACACAAUUGCGAAGAGAGUGAAGAUGAUGUCCAUAGUAGACUGUGGAAGAAUAAAGGAAAGCUGCAAGCAAAACGUUCCGAUUGGUUGGGGAAAGGCCCGAAAGGGGCAGAGCGUAAAGCUGCUGUAAAACGAGUAUCUACCGGUAUGGACGAUAUACAGCGCAAGCGCGCCCUUUUAUCGCUAAAUAAAAGUGGAGAACGCAAAUUGAAGCAAUCGCGGUUAACGCAAAUAGAGCCGAUGAGGGCAAAUAAAUUUCGAAAUGAAAGCGUUCCAACCACACCAGAAUAUGCAGAGGACGCACAGAAGUUAUCACUGUCUCCUACAUUACCUGCUGAUACCUUUAGCAAACAAAAAUUAGAUUUUCCGUCAUUUUCCAGUGAUACGGCCGACAUAUUCCACUUUAGCAGUGAUGACGAAGACGAUCAGUGCACUAAAUCAAUAAAGGCUAAAACUGCAGUGAAAGAGCGAUGCCAAAAGUCCAUUAAUGGAACAUUUUUGCAACCAUUGCCACACGAAACAGAAAAGUCCGAAAGUAUUUUGGCUAUAACGCCUACAGCACCGCCAAUAAUAUGCUUAGACGAGUCAGAUGACAAUGAACAGGUGCUAGAAAAUAAGAUGCAAACUAAAAAGGGUACAAGAAAUGCGAUAGUGAAUCAUGAAAAAACUGCAAAUGUAAAAGUUAAACAAGAAAAGUCAACUAGGGAAUUGGCUGCAGCUAUGUUAGCCGAAUGGGAAGAGGAGGAAGAAGAGGAUAUGGCAGAUAAAUCGUCCACAACAAAAUUGGAAUGCGAAACCAAACUCGACAUUAAGCCACGUCCUUCGCAGCUACCUGCAGCGAAAAUAUCAAUAAAAGAACAUUUUGACAUAGAAUGUGAUGAGUGUCAAAAAUAUAUCGACUUUAUGGGCAGCAAUAUGAGCCUGGCAGAAAUCGAGGCACAUCUGCGCCGUUGCACACUCCAUCGCACUUCGAAAUAUUGUAUACCAGUUACGCCGCCAGAUUACUGGAACCCAUUAAUGCCUUCGUUUUCCGAUAGUGAUCCACGCAAUAAAACGCUACUUGUGGAUCCAUGUUUGCAUCGCAAGCGUUAUGGCGAUAAAUCGUGAUAUAAACUACCUAAUAAUUCCAAUAGGUGAUUUAGAAUUUUAGUUUUAUUAUUUUGCAUUACCAAUGUAAAAAUAUAUUCUAUAUUAAAUUUC